AUGCACCGACUGGCACAGACCGAAGAGCCGCGCCCAAGCCACCGCAAUCCAGUUCUUGCAAGGAAAGUCCACCUCCGCUAUUAUGAUUAUCAUUGUCAUUAUGAUCAUCCUCCUCAUCAUCGUCAAUCUGCUUCCCGCCACACCCACACCCACAACCCGCCUCCGCCUGUCCCCUCGUCCAAACUCCUCCGCGAGGACGACCGGAUCAGCAUCGGCACCCGCACCCAAAAAGCGCUUUCUGCGAUUCAGUUAACCCCCAGCAUCGACGCCGGCGUCGAGGUGAUCGACCCGCACUGGUACGCAGUAGACGCCAGCUGGGCCGCAGCUGGAUGCGAGUGGACCCCACCGGUGGAACCGAAGCGACGAGAUCUGGUCAUUUUGGAACAGUGCAUGCAGCAAUAUUCAAACCAUACGCAGAACGAUGAUGCCGUGACGGCCUUGGAUGGGAUCAUAUGGGGAAUGUCUGAUACUAGAUACAUAUCCGACGCGCAGCCCGGAUCACCCGUCAUGCUGUGGGUCCAAGAUUCAGGACUUGAGGGCCUGCUUGAAACGUAG